AUGAUGGCGUCCGACACCAAGUCAAUGGGUGUUUGGGCCGAUAUCAAACAAUACCGAAGAGCAUAUACCCUCACUGCUGUUGCUAGUUUUGGAGGCAUGCUCUUCGGUUGGGAUACGGGUCUAAUUGGUGGCGUCUUGACCAUGCAGUCAUUCAAAGACUCAUUCGCUCUCAAUGGCGAUCACACUGCAUAUGCCAACUUGUCAGGCAAUAUUGUGUCCGUCCUUCAAGCUGGAUGCUUUCUUGGAGCUGCUGCUAGCUUCUGGGUCUCUGACACUUUUGGUCGCAAGUCUGCCUUGCUCUAUGCUGACAUCAUUUUCAUCAUUGGCAGCUUGCUUCAGACUUGCAGUGCUAUCGGCAAUCACUCACUUGCUAUAUUGUAUGUGGGCAGAGUCAUUGGUGGCAUUGGUGUGGGCUUGAUCAGUGCUGUUGUUCCGACAUAUAUUGGUGAGAAUGUGAACAAGGAGAUCAGAGGUCGCUGCAUAGGAACCAUGCAACUCUUCAAUGUGACGGGUAUCAUGCUCUCGUACUUUGUCAACUACGGCGUGACUCGAUCUAUUUCAGAACACGACGAUGCUCAAUGGCGAGUCCCAUUUGCUCUUCAGAUGCUACCCGGUGCACUUCUCCUCAUCGGAAUCGUCUUUCAAAACGAAAGUCCAAGAUGGCUAGUCGAGAAAGACCGCCACGAAGACGCCGCUCGAGCACUUGCCCAUGUACGCGGCCGCUCCCAGGAUGAUCCUAUCGUGGUUAAAGAGCUAGAAGAGAUCAUAGCCGACUUUCAAAGUCACGAGAGGAUCUCGUUGUUGGGACAACUCAAAACAGUCUGCUCUGACCGAAAGUACUUUUACAGAUACACGAUGGCUAUCAUUCUAAUGAUGUUUCAGCAAUGGACAGGGACAAAUUCGAUCAACUACUAUAGCCCACAAAUCUUCAAGUCCAUCGGAUUGGGUUCGUCUGCUGGUCUCUUUGCUACCGGAAUCUAUGGUGUGGUCAAAGUUGUCAUUACCGCUUUGGCUUUGGCACUCAUGACAGAGCAACUCGGCAGAAAAUGGAGCUUGAUAAUUGGUGCCUGUGGGCAAGCCUUUGCCAUGUUUUAUAUCGGCAUCAACCAAGCCGUGAAUCCAGUAGUCGAAGGCGCACCUUUGAACGGCAACAGCAUCUUCGCCAUCAUAUCAGUGUACCUGUUUGUCGUCUUCUACAGCGUAGGAUGGGGUCCAAUUCCAUUCAUCCUUGCUUCCGAGACAAGUCCCAAUCACGUUCGCUCAUUGGUCAUGGCAUCAGCAUUGAUGUGCCAAUGGGCCUUCAACUGCGUGAUAGCCAGAAUCACUCCCGUCAUGCUCAACAGCAUUACCUACGGCACUUUCCUCCUCUUCGGUUGUUGUUGCAUCAUAAUGGCCAUCUACACAAUCUUCUGUAUCCCCGAGACCAAAGGCGUACCCCUCGAAUCGAUGUCCCUGCUAUUCGAAGGCAACAUCAUCAAAGGAGCAACCUACGACACGAUCCCAGCCUACUCGCGUGCAAAGUCGUUGCAGAAUGCCACAAACGUGCAAGACGAAGAAGAGGGUAUCAAAUCGGAUUUCUCUGCCAUCCACAUUGAGAGUACAAAAGGUGCUUAA